CUGGGGUCAGAAGUCAGAAGUUGAUGGAAACACGUUAGGUCUCCUGUGCAGCAUGGAUGGAGACAAAGGAGCAUAUCCCUGCUCUAGACCCAGAAGCUGCUGGUAAGACCAAGCUCAGGAGAGGCUGCAGACACUAGUGGCAUUCACCAUGCGAUUUCCACGUCUGACCCCUGGAUACUUUCGGGUGCUACAGAUGCAGAUAGCCGGGCAGCUGAAGGCAGAGCCCCGGAGUCCACUGGUUGGGGUUAUGGCUACACUUCUGGCUGUGCUUGGGCUUGGCGGUUCCUGCUAUGCUGUCUGGAAGAUGGUGGGGCAGCCGCAGCCGCAGCAGCAGCCACCACAGUCCCGGUGAUGACACAGUCCCGGUGAUGAAGCAGGCAGGCAGCCUCUCAGCUGGGUUUUGAAGGUAGGUGACU